AUGGCUCAGCCAAAUGCCGAGCCCGUGGAGGACUACGAUUAUGAAAUCCGCUCUCCACCCAACUUUUCGUUGCUCCAGAACAUGACUGCCGGCGCUUUCGCCGGUAUUGCGGAGCACUGCGCAAUGUACCCUAUCGAUGCGAUCAAGACUCGCAUGCAGCUUCUCAACCCUUCCUCCUCGACCGUUGGGACGGGAGUGAUCCAGGCUACAUACAGGAUGGCAAAGACAGAGGGUGUCUUGAGUUUAUGGCGGGGAAUGUCCAGCGUGAUCGUUGGAGCUGGCCCUGCUCACGCUGUCUAUUUCGCGACUUACGAAGCUGUCAAGCACGUAAUGGGCGGAAACCAAGCCGGUGUCCACCACCCUCUAGCCGCUGCGACCAGUGGCGCAUGCGCAACGAUUGCCAGCGAUGCGUUAAUGAACCCCUUUGACGUCAUCAAGCAAAGAAUGCAGAUCCAGAACUCGGCGAAGAUGUACCGCUCCAUGCUCGACUGCGCGAAAUACGUCUAUAGGCAAGAAGGUCUUGCUGCCUUCUACGUCUCUUACCCGACGACCCUUUCCAUGACCGUCCCCUUCACGGCGCUGCAGUUCCUUGCCUACGAAUCUAUCUCGACCUCGAUGAAUCCCAGCAAGAAUUACGAUCCCGUAACACACUGCUUGGCGGGAGCGGUGGCGGGCGGUUUUGCCGCCGCACUCACGACCCCCAUGGACGUGAUCAAGACGAUGCUUCAGACGCGCGGCAGCGCUACGGAUGCCGAACUCAGGACAGUUAACGGGUUCAUGGCCGGCUGCCGGUUAUUAUACCAACGAGAGGGCGCUCGUGGUUUUUUCAAGGGCGUGCGGCCGAGGGUGUUGACCACCAUGCCCAGCACAGCCAUCUGCUGGUCUGCCUACGAGGCGUCGAAGUGGGGCCUACUUCAUUCAUCGCAAUACUAA